AUGAUGAAGAAGGCCAACGGUUGGACUUUAAAUGUUAAAAUUAAAGUGGAAAAGGAUCCAACUCUCAGUGCAACAGCGGGAUUGAAGACAAACAUAAGUUCUUAUUUGAAUGCUGAGAUCGUUCCUGGUGUAUAUUCUGAUGAAAAACCACCAUUUGUGGUGGAACUUGAUGGAUAUCUUCCUUUCUACAUGCUCGAUGCAUAUGAGGAGUUUUUUGGUUCUAAUGCUGGCAAUAUCAUUCUAUUUUGGAAGGUCAAAGUAGGAAGUACUUAUCACAGCUGUUGUGUGGUGGUGAAGAAUAUGCAAAGAUUCAUGUAUGCUAUCCCAAAUGGCUCUGUAUUUGAAGACUCUGUUAUUAUGAAGCUUUUCACACCAAGCUUCAUGUACACAAAACAUACUUCUCGUGUCUCCGGAGUAUGUGAAAGUGCCUAA